AUGAGUUCUGACGCUUCCACGUAUAGACUUGAGGACGUUCUAUCCAGCUUUUACAGACUAGAGAAGGUUACGAAGAUCAACUAUCACCAGUAUAUUCCUAAAACGCAGAAUGACCAAUGGUCUAUUCAAAUAGAAUUUCUGUUGCGGAAACAGAAUCCCAAGAAUCUGGUGGCAUUGCUUUCAAGAGAUUUGUGGUGUUUUAGCAUAAAUGAUGAUCCUAUACCGACGCCUCCCAUGGUAGAAAAUAAGCCGGUAAACCCAGAUAAAGUAGGAUCUUUUACUGCUGAUUAUUCUAAACCAAACUUGCCGCCCCAUUAUGCCCUAUUUUUGAAGGCGUUACGAAGAACAAUCUGCAUUAGUUUAGCACUAGGCUCUCACAAUAAGCUAAUACAAUUUGGAAAUGCCUGUAUAUCGUUGAACGGAGACCCGAGUCAUCUUAUACAGUUAGAACCCCACCUUUUUGUUAAUGGUGACCUUGCAGUAUCCCUAUGUGCUAAGAACAUGGGUUUACUGCCCAUGAAAGAGGAAAAUCUAGAAGAAUCAUUUCUUCGAAAGCACGCACUCUAUCUAGCACCAUCAGGAAUAAGGAUGCAUAUAGCGCCUGCAUCCAAGCAAGGAUAUUUGAUUCAACCGCCAAAGCAUACCGGACUUCUCCUGACGACAUUGAGCGUAUCUCAUGGUAUCAACUUGCAGAAUAAAAAAAACCUGAAAUGGGUCGCCGUCAUUCCUGACUUGGGGCAUCUUAAUGGUCAUACACCCACUAUAGCCUCAUACCUGAAUCCACCAGUCGAAGGUAAGAAAAUAGUAUGGCCAUUAAGCUUAAUAUUUGCUCAACCGGUAAUAGAUGUCGAAGGUUCUACAUCUAGUGAUCCUUCAGAAUUUCACAGUUUACAAGAUGCACUGGAUGCCAUUGAUGACUUUAUACAGCUAAAACAAACAGCUGCUUAUAGAACUCCAGGAAGCUCAGGCGUAUUGAGCAGUAAUAUAGCGGGCACCAACCCGUUGAGCUCAGAAGGCGCAUACACAGAACAGUUCCAACACUAUAAAAACAAUUCGAUCAACUCACAGCCCGUUUCCUACCCUUCUGUCCAAGAAGCUAGCAAAACAUCACCAAAAGAUAUUUCUCCCGGUUUCACGGGUAUUGAUAAAUUGAUGCUUUCGCCGAGUGAUCAAUUUGCCCCGGCUUUCUUGAACACGCCUAAUAAUAAUAUCAAUAAUAAUGAGUUGUUCAAUGAUAGAAAACAGACCAUAGUGUCCAAUGAAUUAGAAAAUAGUCCGCUGAAGUCCGAGCUGGAGGUAAGUGGCAGAUCAUUAGAAAAGAUAAACAAUCCCAUAAGCAAGACGGGAAGUGUGGAAGCAACUACUAAUAAAGAGAGCCUUGUGGAACAACAAGAACAAGUUGAAAACCUAGCGAGUGAGAAAAGUGAUUCUAUAGUCGAUAAGGAACUGUUCGGUGAAGACGAGGAUGAGGAUCUAUUUGGUGAUAGUAAUAAAUCAAAUUCUACAAAUGAGUCCAACAAAAGUAUAUCCGACGAAAUUACAGAAGAUAUGUUCGAGAUGUCGGACGAGGAAGAGAGCAUUAAUGGGAAAGACACAAACAACAAUAAUAGUAGCAUACAUACCGGUCUUGGCAAGGACAUGCCAUUUUUCACGUCUGAGAAAGCCAAUAUUCGUACAAUGAGUGGAACAACAAAAAAAUCUAAUGGGAAAAGAAAAUAUCUGGAUAUUCCGAUAGAUGAGAUGACUCUACCUACAAGUCCAUUAUACAUGGAUCCUGGUGCACCACUUCCCGUAGAAACACCUCGUGAUAGGCGUAGAAGUGUUUUUGCACCAUUAAAUUUCAACCCUAUAAUAGAAAAUAAUGUUGAUAAUAAAUACAAAUCUGGAGGGAAAUUUUCAUUUAGUCCUUUACAAAAGGAGGAAGCAUUGAACUUCGACGUUUCUAUGGCAGACCUAUCCAGCUCUGAAGAAGAAGAGGAUGAAGAGGAAGAGAAUGGUAGCAGUGAUGAGGACCUCAAAUCAUUGAAUGUACGCGACGACAUGAAACUUUCUGACAACGUUAGCACUAGUAAUAAUAUCCAUGAGCCGCAAUAUAUCAAUUAUUCGUCCAUUCCAAGUUUGCAAGAUUCUAUCAUGAAACAAGACAAUUUCAGUUCAGGAAACGAAGGCAGCAACGCCGGCAACAAGGAGGGAUUUAAUUCUAUUUGGAAGAUCCCUCAAAACGAUAUACCGCAGACGGAGUCUCCCUUGAAGACUGUUGAUUCGUCUAUUCAACCGAUAGAGAAUAGUUUGAAAUUGGCCCUUGAGGACAAUAGUGUGACCACGAACCCGUCCGAGUUUCCGUCAAACUCAGCUAAAUCGGAAACACCAAUCUUAUCAAAGGACAAAAGUGGGAUUUCGGAAUUUGCGCCAGCAGAAUCUAAUCUACCUUUUGAAUCUUCAAGUAGUCUGCCAUUUUUGUUAAGGCAUAUGCCGCUAGCAUCCAUACCGGACAUUUUUAUAACACCAAAUCCUGUAGUCACGAUAUCAGAAAAGGAACAAGAUGUUUUAGAUUUGAUUGCAGAACAAGUGGUUACAGAUUAUAAUAUCUUGGGUAAUCUCGGCAUUCCAGAGAUCUCAUACAAAGGUGUGAGAGAUUGUCAGGAAGGUCUGGUAAAAUCAACGAUGUUACAAUUAUUUUCUAGUUUUGAUAGAUUGAAUGGGAAUGAUACAAUUACCAAAUUUUACAAUAUGAAGCAGCCAUAUGUUUUUGUAAAAAAGCAUCACGAACUAAUCAAAGUUAAGCACGAUUCUCAGCCCUUCAUAAAAUUUCUAAAUUUUCGUCCACCAAAUGGCAUAAAGAACUUUAAAUUUCUAUUAUUGAGUUCGUCUUUCAAAGAAGAUUGUUUAUCAUUUUCACCGACUUUAUCACAGACGUAUAUCAACCAAGAAUUAGGGUUUUGUGAGUUGCUUAAACUAACCAAUGAAGAUCCGCCCGGGUUAAUAUAUUUGAAAUCAUUUGAUAAGAAUAAAUUACUAUUACUAGCUGCGCAAAUCGUCUCAUAUUGCUCCAAUAAUAAAAACUCAAUUAAAAGCGUACCGCCAAUAGUGAUCAUAUUACCCUUAGAUAAAGCCACACUAAGUGAGCUAGUAGACAAGGCGAACCUUUUUCAAGUGAUUCGGAACGAAGUGUGUGCCAAGAUGCCUAACAUCGAGUUAUUUUUGAAAGUAGUUCCCAUGGACUUUAUCAAAAACGCAUUAGUGACGGUGGAUCAGUACGUCAAUGUAGCCAUUUCUAUAUAUAAUAUGCUGCCGCCAAAAUCCAUUAAGUUCACUCAUAUUGCACAUACACUACCAGAAAAGGUGAAUUUCAGAACCAUGCAGCAACAACAGCAACAACAGCAACAACAGCAGCAACAGCAACAACAACAGCAACAACAGCAGCAACAACAGCAGCAGAUACAGAACAGUAGCACAGGGUCAUCAUCGGUAAUCUAUUACGACUCGUACAUCCAUCUAGCAUACUCACGUAGCGUGGAUAAAGAAUGGGUUUUUGCUGCUCUUUCCGAUAGUAAUGGACAAGGCAGCAUGACCAAGACAUGGUAUGUGGGGAACUCCAGAGGAAAGUUCGACGAUGCGUGCAAUCAGAUAUGGAACAUGGCUUUGAAUUUAGCGUCCAAAAAAUACGGCAAAAUAUGCCUAAUUUUAACAAGAUUGAACGGAAUACUCCCAGACGACGAACUAAUGAACUGGAGAAGGCUAUCCGGCAGAAACAUACACCUGGCGGUGGUGUGCGUGGAUGACAAUUCCAAGAUCUCGUUCAUAGACGAGGACAAACUUUACCCUAGUUUCAAGCCCAUCUACAAAGACGCCAAGUUCGGGGGACAUAUGGAGAUGUCCAGGCUAGAUGACUAUGAAAUAAGAGACGUAGACCAAGACAUACACGGUGUGAUUUUCCAACAUCCGUUCCCUCUGGCGCAUUCACAACACCGCUGUGCCAUUAGGAGCGGAGCACUAGUCAAGUUCAAGAAAUGUGACGGUGAUACCGUUUGGGACAAGUUCGCGGUCAACCUCUUGAACUGCCCACACUCCGACAGCACGCAGUUGCUGGAAACCAUCCUGGAAGAGUUCCGUAACCUGGCCGCCUUGAACGUAUGGUACGGCCUCUCUGAUGGCACGGAUGGUCAUAUUCCAUGGCACAUCCUAGCAGUGAAAAAGAUGAUGAACACGCUUAUCCACACCAGGGUUAAGAUCGCUAACACCGCCACUAUCACAAACAACACCGCCGGCCUAUCAUCUGCCACGAUCCCGGAGAAUUAG